UUCCAUUUUUUAAUAGAAAGUGCCCACUUUUGGUGUGGGGAUUUUUUUUUUCUAUUAAGGAAAAUUAAAAUGUUUCCUUACUGAGGCGUGGCGGGGGGGAGACAUCUGGAAUUUCAGGUGCUCCUGUUAUUUUUAAAGUACAUGUUGCCACUGAUAGGCUGCAGCAAAAAUUUCUACACCAACAGGGGAAGUGUUUUGUAUGGGAUUUUUUAAACAGAUCAAGAGUUUCUUCCCAGGUCUCUUUUGUAAACUUUUUUUGAUACGUCGUGAUCAAGCCCUGCUUAACCUUCGCAACCCGGUCUUGGCUCAACAUGUCCCAGUUGCUGCCCAUACUGAUUUCCUGGCGCAGCUCUCGAAGUCCCUUGGUUGACAUACACGGCGCUCGCCGUCUUUCAGGUCUCCGCCAUUACACUAAUUCAGAGUUACGCUGCUCAAUCUUCUUUAACCACCUCAAGCGCUUGGCUUCCUCGAACAUUACCACCACUGUGAUCAGCAGCAAGGUCCGGGCCUCUGAUAUGUGCCAAGGCUAUUACGAUGUCAUGGGGCAAUACGACGCGGCAUUCAACUGUACCACUGGGGGCUACCGCACCGUCCCGCGUUAUCACCACCCCAGCCACCGGCACAUCCACAAAGGGGCCCGAAGCGCCAAACGGGAGCAAGCAAACGUAUGCAAUCGGCUGUCGUCUGUGAUCUGUGGUUCGUUCUAUGAAGUUUACCUUAGCGGUGAGAAGUCCCGUGCGAAGUUCUUCUUCAGCAAAGCCUCAAGGAGGCCACACGGAAGAGAACUCAACGUGCCCAGGGCUCUGGUCGACAUUCUCAGGCACCAAGCAGGGAGCAGCUCCUGCUCCGAACGCAACAACAGCCUCGUCAUUAACUCGAACUUCCAAGACAACGGUUCGGCUCGACCCCCCAAGAACCUGUACAGCACAGUGAAACCUUCCAAGAGCAGCCACGAUAACAUGCACCACAAUUACAUGCAUCUGAAUGCCAGCAGCCCCAAGCACCACACCGCCACUUUGGACUGGCAUAUGAACCACACCCCCAGCCAUUCCAGCGGGAAGUACAACACCCUCAGCUGCUCACGCUCUUUCCACAAUCUUUCCCAUCUGCCGCCAUCUUACGAAACAGCCAUCAAGUCAGAACUGAAUCGCUAUUCCUCACUAAAACGCCUGGCUGAGAAGGACUUGGAUGAGUUCUAUGUCAAGCGGAGGCACCUUGCCGAACUGACCCGAGGGACCCUGCCCUUACAUGCCAUGAAGAUGAACUACGAUAGGGAUGGCUACUCCGAGAAAUCACACAAUCCACGCCGCGUCAUGUCCCAAGAGCACAUCCUCUCCGAUGGUGGUGGCGGUGGCGGAGGGGAAAGCUACCGCCCGUCACAUUACGACUACACCAUCCCACGAGACCGCGUGAUAUCUCACGAACGCCUCCUCUCCCGCGAAAACCUGCACUCGCAGGAGCGCUUGCUCUCGCCUGAGCGUCUCCAUCAAGGCACAGGUCCCUUCCAGGAUGUGCACCAGGGCCAUCAGAAGGCCCUCUCUCAAACCAACGUGUGCGCCACCAGCACCCCAAUGCUUGACCACCAUCACAUGAUGCAGAUGAACUCCCACCCCCCCGCCAACAACUCGCCCAAGACAACUGCUCCUUGGGAAGGCAGUAGUAGUAACCAGGGUGGUGCCGCCAGCCGGCGCCAGGGCUUUGCAGCCAAGCGGCAAAGCACCAUUGAGCAACUCCAAUACAUCCCCGGGCACCAUCCAGGCCAACACAUCCAUACUGGCAGCAAGAACGAGGUCACCGUGUGAAACACCCUAUUCCCCAGCUCAGGUUGAUUUGUCUUUCCAAGGCCAUAUUUCUUAGCUCUUUUCCGCUCUGCCCCCGCCCUUUCUUCGGUGCUCACCAUUUUUUCUUGGGGAUCCCCCUUUUCUCCUUAAAGCUCUAUGGCCUCCAUCUCGGUUGAUGUCAAGUCCUCGCCUGGUCUUUGAUGAUAUUACCAUCGCAGUCUUCUCGGACUAUCGAUGAUGUCCACCUGACCAGCCAGGUUUUGAUACUGUGUGGUCGUGAAAUUUAACCCUCGGUAUUGUGACGACAUCAGUGCAAUGGUUCACGUCAGCAUGUGAUGAUGUCAAGGCCUGCAUGGUAUCUUAGCCAGGCAUCUCCCGCGUAAUCUUGGUCAGCUUCUCAAGAUGGUAAGAGAGGUCUCAUAAAUACACGAAGCUGCUGUUUUCCAUGUCUGCUGACACCUCUCCUGUUAAGAUCUGAUGAUGCUUGCAGCUGAUUGUCAAAGACCAGGGUGGAUCAAUCAUGUAGCCUUGGUGAGAGUGAUGGACAAUAUCACAACUGCCAGGUCUCAUCAUAGCUAUAGGCCUUGUCUCAGAUUUUUGAAUGCUGAUGACAACACCUGUGGAUUUAUUAUGAAGCCGGCACCCUCUGCUUCUGAUGCUAAAAGCGCUGUGAGCAUUGCCGAUCCUUGUGGAAGCUCCAUGGACCAACAGACACCAUUGGCGCAAUCAAUGGUGUCAGCACUGUGGACUCUGUCGGCUGCUGCUGCUGCUGCUGCUGUAAGCGCUGUGGGUCUUCUUGACCUUUGAUGUCCUCACCAUCAAGAUCUGAUGGUACAACACUGUGGACAUUUGACGACGUCAACCUUUAUGAUGUCAAUGGAGAGAAAGGUUUGUCAGGAUAUUGACUGUGAUAACAACCCUGCGGAUGUAUUGUCAAACUUUUGUGAUGUUGGGGCAAAUCAUGUCGAUACUUGAAGAGGCCUUGUCAGCAGUUGGUCACAGCGUGACCAAUCGCGAUGAUUAAGGAUGAUGUCAAGGUUCCUGUGCCUGCCGAUUUUGAUGAUGUCAGCACAAAUGGACUCAGCCAGUAGCUACGGAUGUCAAAGUAGUCAGGCUUGGCAACGGCUUUGACUUUUGGUGACUUCAACACUGUGGGCCUCAUCCAGAAUUGCUUGCAUCACUGACUGCUGUGAGCUCAACCACUUUGGAUGAAGUCACCCCUUUGGGGCUUCACCUGCUUUUAUGACUAGGCUGACUGCUUUGGACCAGGUUCACAUCAGCACCUUGGUAGGAUGUCAAGGCACCUGACCCUACUGGUGCACACGGUCAUGACGACCUUCUGAUCACAUGAUCACACACAUUGCCCAAUCAGUGGCAAAGAGGAGAGCGCCCCCCCUCCUCCGGCCCUUCUUUACAAAUGCUCCAGGAUAAAAAAAUGAUGGGAAAUGGCGGCCAUCUUGUCGUGGUGUAUCUAAAACUGCGUUUGGGCAGAGUAGAAAGCGCAGCAAGUGGUGUUUCGCCUGACUCUGCCUUCUGCCUUUCUCAUGCCAUCCUCAUUUUACAAUCUUGCCAUAUUUCUGCCCAAAAGGGAUAUAUGGCAGGACCAGGUCCUCUCCUUGUACAUAUCUUUAUAUAUCGAUAGUAUUCUCUUUCUAGUACUUUUUAUUUCCCUCCCCAAUACUUGGGGUGACCAUCAAGCCAAAAUCCUUCCUCCUUGUUCAUGUGAAUGUAGUUUAAGCAAGACGCCGAUGCUUUCAAAUUCUGUUUUCAUGAACAAACGCCCCCCCGCCCCCCCGCUGCAGUGACACUCAGGACUCUCAAAAAUACCAUCCCGUAAUGUUUUCUUCCUUAGUAAAGACCUGCUCUUUUGGAACUACAAAAGAGAAAGAGAGUGAGAGAUAAAGAAUAUAUUAUACCCAAUAUUCAGUGAGCCAGGACAUGUCUUUUGCAAAACAAAAUUUGGAGGAUAAGAAAUAUUUUGUCAUGAAAUUCAAGGUUUUUUUAAACAAAUAGCCUACUGUUUAAGAUUUUACCUUUGCAUAUUCCUAAAAAAAAAUUGAGGUCUUGAUUUUAUGCAAUGGUUUAUAUCAUUAGUGUAGUUUUCUUAUCAGCGAGACGAGGAAAAAAUUCACAGCAGUCUGAGUUUGGCAAAAUUUCAUUGCCUUGAGUGACAAAUUCCACCUGCCUCCCUACAAACAUAUUUAAUCUCUUUGUCCAAUUUUCUUCAAUGGACGAACCUUUGCAAAGGAAACAGAUUACUUUGUUUUCUUUGUAAGUCUUCUUUGAGAAUCUUUAAAAUAACAAGUUUGGUGAGGAAAAUAUUUUCUGUUUUCUAUUAGCUUUUUUCCUCCAAUUGGGGGGAGAGACAGUUUGUACAAACUAUAUUUGAACUACUGAAUUUGUAUUUGAAAAUUUGUAUACCUCAAGUUUCACAAACGCUGACGUUUGUCGAUGGAAUUCCAGCAGGAAGAUUCAAAAGAUAACGGGAUGGUAAACCCAGUCAUGUUGCUGCCAAGAUGUGAAACUAAUGAGAUAUUGAAGAUUCUAGAAAUUUCUAUGUGGCGAUUUCCGAUUUCAUCGUGCAAUUUGUGUUUGAGCACUUAGUUUUUGCUCACGUCAUUUUCCACACCAAAAUGCUGUUGUUCUGUGCAAUGAAUUUAAUUUUCUGUCUUGCUUCUGAGUCACUCUUGGGGAUUAGAGGUUGUUAUCCAGUUAAGAGAAAGCUUCAGCUAUCCUCCUUCUUCCUCAAGUCGCCCCAAUGAAGCCUGCCUCAUAGUAUAGGUCAGGCUGUAGUUCAAGUCUCUCUCAACAGCCCCUAUUGAGAGGGUGUCAGAUAGACCAUCUUGCUGUCUGAAGUCAGUUUGUACACAUCACUACUUUUUUUGGUCCCCUUUCCUUUCAUUCUGUCCUCAGCAAACUCAUAUCAAGGGCUAAUUAUAUUUUUUUCAGGGGCAAACAGGUUAUGUUUUGCCUUCCUGAACUUCUCAAUGCAAAAUCUUGGGGAAGGCACUCUCCCCAGAAGUCAGAGAGAAGUAUCUUAAGGGUGGAUUUAGGAAAGAAGCACUCAUGACGGGGAAAUAAGUAAGGGAAGAAGUCCUGAUCAGGGAGAACGUUGCGCCUACUGUAGCAAAUGUUUGGGCCACCCCCGGGGAGGCCUUUUCUCUGUGAGAGCCCAGGACUUAGAAGAAUGUGCCCUUUGAGGGGAGGCCAUUUUCUGUUUACAUGGAUGUAGGAGAGCAACGGCCAUGUUUUUGGCUACUGCAUUUCAGCUGAAGUAAUGCUGGCUGGAAGAAUGUACACGUGAGGGAGAUACGACUGUUCAAGGAAAGCCUUGGGCGCAACUCUUUGUCGCAGGAAUGUACGGGGAACAAUUUUAGUUACAAGAGUUGCAAAUAGGUGUAAGCAAGAAUAAUGACUAUAAUAUAUAUGUUUUUGUUCCUUAAUAUUAGCAAAGGUUGCUUUCUGUUUUACUGCUUGUGCCAGCUAGCAUUUAUUACUACAUUCCCCAAACAUGCUGGUCAAACAGGACUUCUCCUCCGCCAUCUUGUGCUCUAUUGCAGUGUUCUAUUUUUUUUUCAAUGCUCUUUUUGUGAUGUGGUGAAAACCUGGAGAAUGUCCAGUAUUGUUUCGGGAAGUCUCCUCUUCUAGAAUCUAUCUCCUUUCCAAGAUUGUUCCUUUAAGGGCAGUCCUUUCUUCUAGAGCUCACUGGGAUUUAUUUUUUCCAUUUCUGAGGUGCAAUCUCUGUUUCUCUAAAGCCGGUUUCACCCUUUUGGAGUUGUUGGAGAGUCCAUACUUCGAGAGAUGAUCUGGUUCUUUGCUUUUGUACCAUUGUAACAGACCCUCGUCAAACUGUUGUUAAGUAAUUGUUGCUCCUUCUAGAAAUUUCCCUCAUUGUAGAACUGGGAAUGGCAAUUGCAUCCUUCCAGAGACGGGUAGUGUCUCUCUUUGGAAAGGAGCCAGAUUGCUUCUCCUCACAGGCCCCCUCCAUUUUGAACUUAGUUAGAAUAUUGUUUCUAUACAUCCCUUCUAUACUCCUUCUGAGUCAGUUAUCCUCCCUUUUUUGGGUUGGGUUGAACCACAUUCUUCCAACUGCUUCCACUGUCAGGCUGAGGGAUCUUUCAUUCUGUGACAAAGUUCUGGAGAACUUCCAUUGCCUGUUGGCAUGCAUAUUGUUCAACAGCUGUGAUUUUGGUCAGGCGUUCUGUUUUGUUUGAUUUUUUUUCUAACAGAAGAGAAAGAAGAAAUGUGUAUUAUAUGUAUAUUUGGGACUGUUUGGGGGUCACGGAUGCCUCUUUCACUCUUAUGCUUCGUGACAAAAGACUAAAAUAAGCCAUAAACAUUGUCCUACCAGCAAAGCCAGAUGUGGGAGCACCAGGUGCUCCUCCUGUCCCAUCUGUGGGCUGAGAAAGAUUUAAUCAUGGGCGGGCUGAAAGGUACGUUUCUGAGCCCAAAAAAGUUGUGUGCAAUUUCAUAUGUGAACGUUUGUGUGCUGGAUCUUCCUGUGACACACUGCCCAAGUCACAAAUCAUAAAAGGUGGGAGAAGAAUCUCUCAGUCAAUUAUUUUCCCUUCAUGUGUCUACAUAAAGAAGUAGAAGUUUUUACAGGGAUGCGGGAACCACAGUGUUCUAGUGUGGCCCUCAGUUGGCAUACACAGUAUGCAAAAUCAUUUGUGCUGUGCUUCUCUCAAUGCAGCACCGAGAUUAUUUGGAGACAGGAAAAUAACAAUAUGUAAAGCUCGCGGUGACCCUUUUCAAUAAAAGGCAAUUAAGUGAAGGCAAAUCCCAGAAGCGCUUGGCUAACGGAAGAGCGCCGUGGAGGAUUGGAAUGCGGCAUUAUAAAAUGGUGUCCCAUAUUGGAUGUUUUGUACAUGAGGCACUUGGGAGUGAACAUGAAAACUUCAGCCCAAAAAGUCUGUCCAAGUCAAUAUGACUUGGAUCUGUGAGAGGUCUCUAGUUACAACAUAAACCAGUUGCAAUAUAAAUGGAGCUAGAGUAGCACGGCAGUACGAACUGUGAUCCUGGAAUGGCAGGGACCAAUUUAAUCCGAGCUACAAACUCAGCAGCAUAAGCAUGCAAGCCAGCCCCUCCCCCCCAAAAUCCUGGCCUACCUCUCCAGGCUGUUGUGAAGGUGACUGUGAGAUAAUGAUUCUGAACACUGAAUGUAUUGUUACUAAACUGCAGACUUUUGAUCUCUUGAGAGCCAGCGUGGUGUAGUGGUAAGAGCAGAUGCACUCUAAUUUGGAGAACCGAGUUUGAUUCCGAGCUCUGCCACUUGGACU